AUGCUUGCCAGACAAACGUUACGACAAGGCAUGAUGGCCUCCCGCGGUGCCGCUUUCCUCAGACAGCCUACUAUCAACGCAAUCAAGUUCUACUCCACUCCUUCUACCACCACCACCACCACCACCACAACCUCAUCUACUCCUACUUUCCCCGUUGGUACUGAGGAGGGUAUCCCCCCACUUGGUUACCGUAUCCACCGCCCUCCUACUUGGGAGGAAUCGCACGAGUCUGCUCUUGACAAGGCCACUAAGUUCUUCCUGUUGGCUGAGAUGUUCCGCGGCAUGUACGUUGUCCUUGAGCAGUUUUUCCGUGCUCCUUACACCAUCUACUACCCCUUUGAGAAGGGCCCUAUUUCCGCUCGUUUCCGUGGUGAGCACGCUCUCCGCAGAUACCCCUCCGGUGAAGAGCGAUGUAUCGCUUGCAAGCUGUGUGAAGCCAUUUGCCCCGCCAUGGCCAUCACCAUUGAAGCUGAGGAGCGUGCUGACGGUUCCCGCCGUACCACAAAGUAUGACAUUGAUAUGACAAAGUGCAUUUACUGCGGUUACUGCCAGGAAUCUUGCCCUGUUGAUGCCAUUGUUGAGACUCCCAACGUUGAGUACUCGACAGAAACUAGAGAGGAGCUUCUUUACAAUAAGGAAAAGUUGCUGGCCAAUGGUGAUAAGUGGGAACAGGAGAUCCAGUAUGGUCUUGAUGCUGACUCUCAUUACCGAUAA